GGGAGCUUGAAGAAGAGCAUUGUAUGCGCGAAGCGAGCGAGCGAUACCACGAGAAGAGGGAGGAAAUUUUUUCGAUCUGUGCGACGGAAAUCGCGUGGCCGUGAGGAAUUUCAAGCAGCGCCAUCGAAUUUCGAGGUAGGUUUUCUAGGGAUCGAGCGCUCCGGGGGAGUUCUUCGCUUCCUCCCUCCCGGGAAUGCGUGCGGCUAGAAAUGCCUGUGACGCGCUCACAGUCUGCACUGGGAAAGACGCCACUGGGAUGCAAGCUGAGCAAUGCCGCCGGAUUCGUGGAAGAGAAGCAGCGAAAUCUCGCUCCACAGUCGGUUCUCAAGGAGAACGCUGAGCCGCCGCAAGAAAAUUUCCAGAAUUCCUCGCAGCAGCAGCAGCAGCAGCAGCCACUCAAGACUAGCCAUGCCAGUGUGAGUCUCUUCACGCCCCGGGUCAUGACUCGAUCAUCGUCUAGGCAGGCUCAAGCACAGGUGGUCCCGAUGGAUAUAGAGGAUGAUAGCGACGAAAUCAGCAAGAUGCUACUGCGAUGCUCGUCCAAGGGAAGGGUCCAGCACGAAAGCUUUUUGGCUUGUCCACCACCAGUUUCCUCCACUGUGGUGUACAGCACUCCUCCUCCUUCGUGUGGAAACCGGAACAUCAACGAUCGGCCCGUGCUAACAGGCAUCGAGUUUGGGUGUAAGAAGACGAGCUCGCCGCAGGGUCAAGGGGAGAGCACCACCCCCAGGUCGGGAUCCAGGCGCAGGGACUUGAGAUCACAUUUUCUUCGAGGGAAAUGCGAUGAUCCUGAAGAAGUUGGCAGGAUAAUGGUCUACGUUCGGCUCCGUCCACUGUCCAAGAAGGAAAAGGAUGCUGGUGCUCGAAGUUCUGUGCGUGUUGCUGACAAGAAGGAUAUCUUUCUCACCGAGAUGCAACUGGAAACGGAUUAUUUGCGGCUCAAGCGCGUCCGAGGCCGCCAUUUUGUGUUUGAUGCCGUGUUUCACGAGAACACUGGGCAGCAAGAGGUCUAUGAUACCAGUACUGCUGAUCUCGUAGAGGCAGUUCUUCAAGGCAAAAACGCGUCAGUCUUUUGCUACGGGGCAACAGGGGCCGGAAAGACGUACACCAUGCUGGGAACCGUAAGUCAGCCCGGCGUCAUGGUUUUGGCACUUAAGGACCUCUUUUCCAAGCUCAAGGACCGAAGUAAAGACGGUGAUUAUUUAGUUAGCUUAUCUUACUUGGAGGUCUACAACGAGACUGUGGUGGAUUUGCUAUCGCCUGGACGGCCACUGAUUAUACGAGAGGACAACAAGGGAAUAACUGCGGCGGGGCUCACUCACUAUCAAGCAUUUUCCGCGGAAGAGGUCAUGCUGUUGCUUCAAAGAGGAAACCAGCACAGAACAACGGAGCCGACUCGGAUCAAUGAAACAUCAUCUCGAUCUCACGCUAUCUUGCAGGUUACUGCAGAGUACAAAGUGAGAAUGGAGACCAGUACCAUUACACGGAUAGGAAAGCUUUCGCUUAUUGACCUUGCAGGAUCGGAAAGAGCACUGGCUACCGACCAGCGAAGUUUAAGGUCUAUAGAGGGGGCGAAUAUCAACAAAUCCUUGCUUGCACUAAGCAGAUGUAUCAAAGCUUUGGUCGAGGGUGACAAGCAUGUUCCUUUUAGAAACUCCAAGCUUACUCAGCUACUAAAGGACUCUCUGGGAGGAGCAUGCCAAACUGCCAUGAUAGCAAACAUCACGCCAAGCCAUGUCUCUUUUGGUGAGACUCAAAACACACUUCACUGGGCUGACAAAGCCAAAGAAAUUCGAACAAAGGUCACUGCCAAGGAAGAGCUGGAAAUUCCAGAGUCCCAGGAGGAACAGACAAAGUUACUUCUAGAAAUGCAAAAGCAAAACCAGCAGCUGAGACUCCAACUAGCAAGCCUGCAGCAAAAGUACAUAGCGCUUCAGUUCAGCUCGGUGACGAAGGAUCCGCUGCAGUCUCCAGUAAAGAAUCCCCUGGCAUCUCCAAACCGGUUCCCGGAGUACCAGGCUACUGCACUACUCUCCCCCCGUGUCAACCGCGACGCAGAGAAGACCGUAAGGGAGCUGAAAAAGGCGAUCGAGAUGAUGGAGAAGGAGGCACUACGCGUGCAAAGGCAGCACAGGAAAAAGGAAGGGGAGAUGAGCAACAGCAUCGCCGCGUUGACAAUGCAAGUGAAGCAAAAGGACGACAUGAUAAAGAAGCUAAGCCAGCAAAAGGACGGGAGGGUGGUGGCCACAACACCCAGAGGCAAAGCCAUGCAAAGCGAGACGCCGAGAGGCCUGGCUACCAAUCUUCCACCAUCUGGCCGGCCAGCUCCCCUCACUUCCGAGCAGAAGAUGAAGCCCGCGAGGAAAUCGAAGCUCUCGUUUGCAACUCCAGGGGUACCAGAGCCAGCUGCUGCUCCCGAGAGUCCAAGCGCGACCAAGUCUAGAUUCUUCUCGCCCGCCAAGGCCGAAGUCGCGAGCAAAAAGCGGAGCUUUUGGGACCUUGGUGGAUCAAACAGUCCAUCCCUGGCGGACAGGAUUCGGUGCACGAGAAGCAACUCCACGACGCCGUCCCUCCUUUUGCAACCGGGAUUCACCCGACGUCGGAAGUCCGACGAGUGACACCAUUUUGACACUGUGACAAAACAACAGGACUCCUUUUUAUGAUUUGGGAUUACGCAGUUCUCUACCUUCGCGAGACUCCCAAGGUUCUAUCGUUCUAGCUUUCGCAUCAAACAUGAUUCGUAUCUCUUUAUCUUUCA